AUAAUUACAAAUUCUAUUAUUAGAUUGAAAAAUAAUAUUUUAAAAAAAUGAUUGGAAAUGUUUCCACAAUUCUGGGGUUUUCAUUGAUGAUGUUUCUCAGUUCAGUUGAAGGGAGAUCUACAUCUAUGCAUUCAAACCCUCCGAGAUCAGGACAGAACUUAUUAGCACGAGAAAGAAGACAGGAACCGGAAAUAGAUUUGCAGACUAUUGUAGAGGUUCUGGCCGAGAUGGACGGAAAUGAUUGUGGAAAAAGAUAUUUGUGUGAAGUUGGAACUAUUCCCCAGGAAAUGAGAAACAAACAAGAAAAAGCAACAAUGGAUCUUUUCCAGGGUAAAGGUGUCGCUGACUCUGUAGAAAUGGCUCAAUUCCGAAGUGCAGCAAAUUACGGGGUUGUAGCUAAAGCUCCUCAGCUCUGUGUUCACAGAUAUAAGAAUUGUGCACUUGGAAAACAGCCUGUUCUCCAAACACUACUGGCCGAGGGGAGAGAUUUAGACACAAAUCUUGUAUAAUUAUUCACAUGAUCUGACAAAUUUCUUUAAAUGUCCAACAGAUUGAGAGCAAGUAUAAAAUGGCUAUUUUUUAAAGAUAAUUUGAAUGAUAUUACUAAACGUCCAAAAACAAAACACUUAAAAUCUCCAAUAAGCAAUUGAUAACGGUCUGUUAUAUAUUUUCAUCAGACACGUAAAAUGUAAAAAUUUUCAGUGCAAUGAAAUAUUAAAUUAUAAUUAACUAAAAGAAU